CGUCGUUUUAGAAUGGAACGACAUUUGUUCAACAAAAUCAUGAUUGCUGUUUGCAACCAUGAUUCUUAUUUUGUGCAAAAAAAAGAUGCUUUUGGUGCUAUGGGUCUACUGCCGGAGCAAAAAAUUACUGCUGCCUUGCGGAUGCUUGCAUAUGGAGCAUCUGCAGACCAAGUGGAUGAGAUAACGAGGAUGGGGCAAUCAACCAUUCUUGAGUCCCUGAUGAGGUUUUGCGGAGCAAUCGAAUCUAUCUACACCGCUGAGUACCUCCGCAAACCCACACACAUGGACUUGGAGCGGCUGUUGAAGAAGGCGGAGAUGCGUGGCUUUCCUGGGAUGAUUGGAAGCAUUGAUUAUAUGCACUGGACGUGGAAAAACUGUCCAAGUGCAUGGCAAGGCGCUUACGGGGACAGAAAAGGGGCAAAAAGUAUCAUUCUGGAGGCGGUGGCAUCUUUUGAUACAUGGAUUUGGCACGCCUUUUUCGGGGUCCCGGGAGCUCAAAAUGACAUCAACGUCCUUGCCCAAUCCCCAGUGUUCAACGAUGUCCUGCAAGGAAAGGCACCAAAAGUUACAUAUGAGGUCAACGGACGUAUGUACGACGGGCCAUACUACCUAGCUGACGGCAUCUACCCGCGCUGGUCAACAUUUGUCAAAACAGUGCCACGUCCGCGGAGUGCGAAGGAAAAACACUUUGCAAGCUGUCAAGAGGGGUGCAGGAAGGAUGUGGAGCGUUGUUUUGGUAUCCUCCAAGCUCGCUGGGCGAUCGUCAGGGGUGCGGCCAGAUUGUUUGAUGUAGAGUCGCUUCGAUCCAUCAUGAUGACGUGCAUCAUUCUUCACAACAUGAUUGUGGAA